AUGGCGGCCUCCUGGCUGAGACUCGUGGCUCUGAUGCUCCUGCUAGUGCCAUCUCUGGCCCGCAAUAUCCCUCGAGCUGGUAAUUGUACCUCGCUCAACAGGAGGAAGUCUUGGAACGCAUUGACGAGGGUCGAAAAGACCGGUAAGCGCGCCUUCAACCGCGACCAAGAGGCCAGACUGACGAAUUCAGAGUAUAUCCAGGCUGAACGAUGCCUGAUGAACCAUGCCCCUAUAGUUGGAAACGUCAAAGACGCAAAAAACCUCUGGGACGAACUGCACGACUUGCAUAUCUCGCAAGGCAAUUACGUCCAUUACGUGGGCCAUUUCCUCCCGUGGCAUCGUUAUCUGGUGCGCGCCCAUGAAGUGCUCCUUCAGACCCUCUGCGGAUACAAAGGGGCACACCCGUACUGGGACGAGGUCACGGAUUAUGAGGCUGGCCCGUUACAGAGGUCGCCCGUCUUCGACCCGGUGGUUGGGUUUGGGGGAAAUGGGUUCGGAAGAAACCGGUGUAUUCAGAACGGCCCCUUUAAGGACACGACGCUGCGCAUCCGGUCCAACGAACGAAACGGCGAAUACUGCCUUAGCCGCGCUUUCAACCAGACCGCCUUUACAUGGGCAAACCGCCGCAAUAUCGAGGAAUGUUUUGCACUGCAAAAAUAUACGGAUGCUUGGCAAUGCUACAACCAGUAUCCGCACGCAGCGGGGCAUAUUGCCGUUGGUGGCGUGAUGGAGGAUCCGACCGAAAGUAACGGCGACCCCCUGUUCUACCUCCACCAUGCGUACCUGGACCGGCUCUGGUGGCGGUGGCAGCAGGCCGAUCUGCCCGGGCGAUUGUCUGAUAUGGGAGGGCCUAAUGUAGUGCCGCCCGACCUAAUGCGUCUGAUGGGGAUGCCGCCCGUCAGCGCGGCACUGUUGGACUACAAUGGCGACCCGGGCGGUGAGACCACACUGGCGCACGUACUGUGGAUGAACGGGCUGGUGCCGAAUGCGACCGUGGCUGAGGUGAUGGACAUUGGCGGGCAGGUGUAUUCAUGGAUUGGUUGCGUGGUGUUAUCAGUGAUGCCAUCGUGCGGUUCGUGUAACUUCUCGAAGGCCGAGAGACCCGACACUAGCUUGAUGCGGCUAGUGCAGGAGACGAUCGUCGGCCAUUGGCUGAUCUGCUCGAUAAGCCCCUCGAACGCGGCCAGCCAAGCGCACGCCACAACGCUUUCUCCCAGUCUCCCCGCCUCCCCUCAACACCGCGCCAGCCAACACUCGAUUUCAACAACCCCAGGGACUAGGGACAUGGCUUCCUCUACAGAGAUCUCGGACGCUGAGUCCAAGAAGGUCACCAUGCCUUCGGGGGCCGAAAAGUUCGAGGCGCCGCCUAAAUACCUCCCAGCAGAGGACGGCGACCUUGUGGCUGAGAUGAGCGAGCGUGAGCGUAAUAUCUAUGAGCACGGCACGGCCAAGUUCAAUCGUCUGGGCUGGAAGCGGCUCACUAUCGUCCUGAUCGUCGAAGCCAUCGCGCUCGGUUCUCUAUCACUACCGUCUACGUUUGCAACUCUGGGAAUGGUGGCGGGUGUUAUCUGCACAGUCGGGCUGGGAUUCCUUGCUAUCUACACCUCGUAUGUUGUCGGUCAGGUCAAGCUGAAGUUUCCGCUGGUGCACCACUACCCAGAUGCGGGGAAACUGUUGUUUGGCCGGUUUGGAUAUGAGCUCGUUAACUUCAUGCUGAUCUUUCAGCUACUUUUCUUGACGGGCUCUCAUACUCUUACUGGGGCUAUCGCCUGGAUCGAUAUUACCCAGAGCGACGUUUGCUCUGUGGUCUUUGCGGUCGUUUCCGCCAUUAUCCUGUUCCUUCUUGCUGUUCCACCUAGUUUCACCGAGAUGGCGAUCCUGGGUUACAUCGACUUUGCGUCUAUCAUCCUUGCCAUUGGCAUCACCAUGAUUGCCACUGGUGUUGAGAGCACCAAUGCCCCCGGCGGGCUCAGCGCCGUGAACUGGUCGGCCUGGCCCAAGGAGGAUAUUACCUUCACGGACGCCUUCAUUGCCAUGACCAAUAUCAUCUUCGCCUACAGUUUCGCCAUGUGCCAGUUCUCGUUCAUGGAUGAGAUGCACACCCCCUCGGACUACGUCAAGUCCAUCUGGGCCCUCGGUCUCACUGAGAUUGUCAUCUACACCUUGACUGGAGCUAUUGUGUAUGCGUUUGUUGGCCAGGAUGUUCAGAGCCCUGCCCUGCUCUCAGCCGGUCAUUUGAUGAGCCGUGUCGCUUUUGGAAUUGCGUUGCCCGUGAUCUUCAUCAGUGGUUCGAUCAAUACUGUGGUCGCUGCUCGUGUCGUUCACGGCCGCAUCUUUAAGGACUCCCCUAUCCGCUUCAUCAACACGAAGAUGGGCUGGAUUACAUGGCUGGCCAUGAUUGCUGUUGGUACUGUUAUUGCGUUCAUCAUCGCCGAGGUCAUUCCCUUUUUCAAUGACCUGCUCUCCAUUUCCUCUUCGCUCUUCAUCUCGGGCUUCACCUUUUACUUCCCGGCCCUCAUGUGGUUCAUGCUGAUCCGUGAGGGAUCAAUCUUCUCCUCACGCAAGAAUAUGGCACUCGCCGCGCUGAAUGCGCUGUGCUUCUGUAUUGGUGUCGUGACACUCGUGGCUGGUACCUACUCGAGUAUCAAGGACAUCAUUGACAAGUACAACGCCAACGCGGUCCGCGGAGUCUUCAGCUGUUCCAAACCGAAUUAGACGACGUUUCUCGUUCUUUGCAUUUAUUGUAUGAGUCAUAGCGCGCGUGGAUGCAUUUCUCCUGGUGUCUCUCGGAGUUCAAUUCGACGUACAUUUUUUCCUUGCAGGCGGCUGGCCCAGAGUGUAUAGUAACGCAUAUUCAA